AUGGUUGAGGAGUUUCUGACCUGCUACUCACCCGACUUCAUCCCUCCUCGCCGCUACGAGCUUCUACGACGGUUCUUGGAGCGAACCGGCGCUCGCUCGUUUCCCGAGGCAAUCAGAUCCUUUCCCGCUGACAAACGCAUACUCGCGAUGAUUGAUGAUCGAUGCGAUCCCUGUGUGAGCGUCUCUCUUCCAAGCGGCGCGAGAUUUCUGCCGCUCAGGCAGUGGGAAUCGGACAGCUACAUGCAGCGUCCCCCAGAGGGACUGCACAUUCAUGUUUAUGGCGCAGACGCUGAAACGUUGCACGUUAACCUGCAGAAGGACCGAAAGGGUGUUGCAGAACGGAGGAUAAUACAUAGUCAACCUGACUCCUUUGAUGGCUUUGGCCCUGAUUUCGGGGGUCGCGAUCGCGGUUUCGUGUUGCAGUUCCACCUGCCUUACUACGCCCUGCGACCUGAUCAACCCGAUCUUCGCGAUUCUCGAGGACUGCGCAAACAUAGAUAUUUUAGACCUCCGGGCGAAGAAAAGCAAGAUCGCAUAUAUGAGGCUCAGGUCUCGCUGGUAGUGUUUGGGGUCGAUGACUUUUUCUGGGCGGCUUACUUUUGCGAAGAUACGUACUUUAGCGACCAGGAUCUGGUUGCAACCUGCCUCCAGGAUGAGGUGGAUGGGCCGUCACUUGGUCGGAGAAUGCACAAAUUUCCCAUAUGGGAUCCAAGGUACUACUUUCUGUCAAUUCUUGCAACACGGACGGGUCAGAUCACGUUAGAAUGGACAGUGCUUGUCCAGUCGCUGGAAAACGUCCUGGAUCGGCACGGUGAAAUUGAUCAGGAGAACCUGGACACGUUCCUCGAGCACGAUCCAACUUUGAAGAAAACCAAGGAGUACACGUGGAUACUGUGCAUCCUGCGUCGCCUUCGCAAUGGUUUAGCACAAGCGAUUGCCGCGCUGAUUGCAUUCGACAACAACAAUACGGUUUACUUCGAUCUUGACGCGGAUGGCCAUCUACAGGACAAGUUUCGCGAGUGUUUCAGCCACGUGCGCCAACACACUGCCGAGCUCGAGGCCCUACGGAUGAUACUUGAACAGCGCAUCGAGAUUAUGGAGAAGAUGUCUGGUGUUUUGGUCAAUGCCUCCUCACUCGCAGAGAGUAUCACGGCCACUCGUCAAGGCGACAAUAUCCGACUUCUCACGUAUAUCACCAUUGUAAGGAUUGCUCCUCCGCGCCCCCACGCCCCCUUUUCCGGGGUAAACAAGAUGGCCACCGAGCUGAAAUUAUUACCAGAUCUAUCUACCUGUGACUCUUGUGACGGUCUGCCGACCCUGCUCCCGUCCAGUCUGGAGUCACGGAAUACUAAUAAUAUACUAGGGCGCAUUUAG